AUACUGAUAAGCUGAUAUAUGAUAUAUAAAAGAUUUCAAACGCAAAAAAAGUAGCUUCUGCUAUUUGAUUGUUUUUUGGAAAUUUUGGCGUCAACUGGUCAGAAGAAUGAAGAUUCUAUUUUUAUUAGCGUUUGGAGUUCUGUUUGAGUCAGCAUGGUGUGCCUACACAUGCUUCAGUAAUGAAUUCUCCAGGUGUGCUUCAAGUAACUUCAAUGACAUUGCAAAGAUAUACAAUUCAUGUGACUCUCUGAAGGAACAAGCCAAAUGUGUUUACUCUGCAGCUCUUUCCUGCAAUACAGGAUUCAUACCAGAAGCCUAUAAAUACAUAAAUGUUUUGAAUUACACCUGCAAAAAGAACGACAAUUAUUAUGAGAGAUUCAGACACUGUUUCGGAAAUGCUGUAAAUGGAUCAAACUGUCAGAAACCAUAUCGGGAGAUCAUGAAAUAUAAAGGAACUCCAAGUGAAAUCUUGGUAGGAUUGAAAGAGGCUUGCAAAAAAAUCGACUGGUUCGGUAGAUGCUUGCAAGGAAAUACCGAAGAUUUCUGUGGUGGAAUCAAGUCGGACUAUUUUUAUGAUACUGUGCUGGAAAAUGUCCUUAAAUUGAACAAGCUCCUCUGCACCGAAGUUAUCUUGCCGGCAGAAGACAAUCUUCAUCAGUUGACAAUUUGGGGUAUCCCGAGAUUCAUUGAGUCCGUUGUAGGAAUCUUAACAGCUCCUUGAAAAAUUGUACCAAAUGUAGACAAAAUAAAUGGUUUAA